CAUUAUAGCUAGGUAUCAGGGUAUCACAAGAAGGAUGAAGCGUAGGAGUCGAGGCGAACAAAUGCUCGCCGCGGCGGGCGUGUCCCCCGGAAACGUGCUGAAGCCGGCGCAGCAAAUCAACCAGGCUCCCAACUCACCCGAGUCUGGUGACGCCAAGUCACCUCCAGCGAAGCGUCUGCGCUCAGCUGUUAAGGCGCCAUUGCAACCGUCGCCCAGCCAGGCCGCGCAGAAGGACGACGACAGCGCUAUGGCGCCAAUUCAGGAGACUGUUAAACUAUCGCCGGACCUGGAGCUGCUGGCAGCCAUGUUCGAUGCGCUCCAGACGGGUCGCAUGAUGCUGAAGCGGCGCGCGGAGAAGGUCACCUACAACAGCGUGAAGCACGUCGUGGAGAAUGUUACCCGGCGCGAGUUUCGGGUGGAGCACCUGGCCCAAAUGAAGGGGCUGCGGCCUGAGUCGUUCGAGUGGCAGUACAUCCGGACGGCGCCGCCUGGCAACCCGCUGCAGCUGGAGACGCAGCUGCUGCUCACCUUUGACCGCGCCGCCGCCGUGCUGGGUCCCGACGGCGGUAGCGUGGGCCGCUACAGCGCCGCCGCCGAGAACGCUGAGUUCCGGGCGGCGCUGGCGGCGUGGGCGGGAGCCAACAAGCCGGACCCCGUGACCGGCCAGCUGCCGCUGCUGCCUGUCGCGCCGCUGCCGCCGCGCCCCUCCGGCGCCAGCGGCAGCACACCCACCCGCGCCGCCUCGCUGCCUCUGCCGGGCGUAGCCGCCGGCGGCGGCCUGCCGCCGCUGCCCGCCGCCGCCAGCCCUGCUGCCAGCGCGGGCGCAGGCGGCGCCGUCGCUGCGGCGGGCGGAGCCGGCCCUCUGCGCCACGCCGCCAGCUGCCCGCCGGGCGCUCUGCCUGACAUGCAGGCCUCUCCCAGCGGUGUCUCAGUCGGCCCCUCCCCCAGCGGCCUCACACGUAGCCGCUCCCGCCGCGCCGGUCCCGGCGCCGGUGCCGGCCUGGCGCCCGCGCUCACGCCCAUUCCCGAGUCGGAGGCGGCUGCCGCCACGCCCACACGCCACACCCGGCCCUCAGCAGCAGCGGCGGCGGCAGCCGGCGGCGGCGGCGCCGCCGUCACACCGCCCUCCAGCCGGCCGCGUAAGAAGCUGGGCCUGGGGAAGGCGCUGGCGGACGCUGCUACAGCCGGCGACAGCGACGGCAGCAGCAGCGGCAGCGGCUCGGAGGACGGAGCCGGCGCGGGGCUGGGGGUGGUGGUGGUGGGGGUGGACGAAGGCGCGGGGCUGGAGCUGACGCAGCAGCAGCCCCGUCAGCGGGCUGGCGAGGAUGUCGAGAUGGAGGAGGCGGAGGUGGGAGAAGCGAAGCGUAAGCGUGCCGACGGCGAGUCCCCCUGCCGCACUGGCGCUGCCGGCGCCGCUGGCGCCGGAGUGAUAGCGGUGACGCCGGAGGGCAAGGGCGUGCGGCCGGGUGGGGCGGCGGCGGCGGCCGCGAGCGGCGGCGGGCCGGGCAGCGCGGGCGGCGUGGGCGGCGGCGCGGGCGGGCAGGUCGGCACGCCCACCAGCCACCAGCAGGCGGCGGCGGUGGGUGCGGGGCUGGACCCGGCCAGUGUGUCGCGACUGCACCGCAUGCUGUCGCCGGCGGCGCUGCAGCGCAUCCAAGCCAACGAGGCGGCGGCGGCGCAGCAGACGCCCGAGGCCAAGCGGCGCGCCGAGCUGCGGCGGGCGGCGCAGCUGCUGCCCACGGCGCACGAGCUGGUGCGGCUGGUGUUCGGCGUGUCCGGACCCACCAUCAAGCCGCUCAAGCAGGUUACGCAGCUCAUGGUGGAGCGCUGCAUGAGCCGCACCGGCCUGCGCGAGGUCGAGGCUCACAACGCCCUCUUCGCCCUGGCACGCGCCGCCCCCGAGUUCCUGCGCAUCGAGGAGCCGCGCACCCUGGCCGACGGCUCCGCGCGCCCGCGCUCCGUGGCCAUUGUGCGGAAUGCAGGAGCUGCAAAAGGAGGAGGUGGUGGAGGAGGAGGCGGCGCGGCGGGCGGGUCGCCUGGCGGCGCCGGCGCGGCGAUGAACGUGUUGGCGGCGAAGCUGAAGGCGAUGGCGGCGGACCCCGACGCCGCGGUGGAGGUGCUGUUUGGGUCGGGCCGCAACGCGGCGGCUGCGGCGGCUGCGGCGGCGGUGCAGGCGGUGCAGGCGGGAGGAGACAGCGCCGCCAAGGGCCGGCCGGUGGUUGUGGCGGGGGCGGCGGCUGGUGCGGCUGCGUCGUCGCCGGCGGGCGGCGUGUCGCGGCCGGCGGCGGCGGACAGCCCCACCCUGACGGCUGCCGGGGCCGGCAAGGGGGCGGUGGAGACGGGUGGCGGUGGCAGCCCGACAGGCCGGCUGCGGCCGCGCGCUCUGCUCCUCGACGACGCCGCAGAGCCGAACGCCGCUGCCGGAGCAGGGACAGCAGCCGGCGGGGUGGGGCAGGUGCUGCUGGCGGACCUGCCGCCGCCGCCGCCCUCUGCGCGCAAGCGGCCGCCGGGUCUGCCGCUGGCACCGCCCUCGCCCGCGGUGCACCGCACCGGCAGCUUCAACGCCGCAGCCGGCCUGGCGCCGCCGCCGUCGCCGCUGAUGCUGGCCCGCGCCGCCGGCCGGCCCGACGUGCCGCCGCCGGCGCUGUCGUCGCCGCUUGUCAAGCCAAAGCAUCUGCAGCACGGCGACAGCGGUGCGGGCGGCGUGGGCGGUGCGCUCCGCGCCGGCGGUUUGUUCGGCACCCCCUCCAAGCCCCCCAACCUUGCAACCGGUCAGCAGCAGCAGCCGGGGUUGAUGUCGCCGCCGCCGGCCAGCAAACCCUCUCCGGCAGCGGCGCCGCCGCCGCCGCCUGGUGCCAUCGAGCUGAUGCAAAAGCUCGCUAGCCGGCCAGCGGCAUCGCCCGCGCCCAAGGCCUCACCGGCGCCCGCGACCGCCGGCGCAGCCGCCACUGCCGGCAAGCUCCUGUCACCGCCGGCAGGCGCUGGGGCAGGCGUCUCGCUCACGCCGUCAAAGGGCGCGCCGCCGCUCACGCCGUCUCGGGGCGGCGGUGCUGCCGCAGGUGCUGCUGCUGCCGCUGGCGGUCGCACGCCGGGUCGCACGCCGGGCCGCAGCGCGGCUCAGGAGGCGCUGUUGGCGGGCAGUGCGCGGCGGAGCAGUGCGCGGCGCAGCCGCAUGGCCAUCCUGGCGGCGGCGGACGACGACGGCGACGACGGACGCGGGGAGGGCGCCGGGCUAGGUGGGCUGGGAGGCGGCGGGAGCCGUGUGGGCGUGCUUGCGGUGGACCUGGCGGCGGCGGCGGCAGCCGGGGCGGGGGCGGCGGCGGGAGGCGAGGAGAGGCCCAAGCCGCGGAAGCUGAUGCUGGGGGAUGAUUGAGGAUGGAGCUGCGGGCGGGGGAGUGGGGGUAGGCCGGCAGGUUGGGGUGAGUUAAGCGUGUGUGUGUGGCAGCUGGGCGGACGAACGCAGUGGGGGUGCGGGGGCUCGCGGCGGGUCAAGGACUCAAGGCCUGACGGGGCUUGAGGUACAGGUAACUCCGCUUGGGGGCCUAAGUGGGACGCGGGCGUGUGGUUGCUGCAGCUGGCGUGCGCAGGUGCGAGCAUGGUGCGGAUGGGUGGCGAUUUGCGGCGAAUGGCGUGCAGUGCUGGUGGCCACGGCGGUGGAGGACGCGGCUUGCAGGAAUGCAUAGUCAGGACUCAGGAGUGUACGGCAUGGGUGUGCCCCCUUGGCGGCGUAAGGCGAUGCCGGGUGAGCCGGUGAGGGUGAGGGCGCAGGCUUGCAUGGAUGGCAAACAAACGCGUAAAGGCACACAGCAUCGCAUACAGAAGUCCUGCGUGUUUCCUUCGCUUGUGGUCUCUAACAACAGAAAGCAGGUGCCUAGAGAGUCAAAGACGGUGCUGGAUUGCUGGUGGCAGUGGUGAACUGGUGAUGGCGGGGCCGGCGCGCAGGACUGGCCAGUGCCGUGGUGGUGUGCCAUUGUGCCGGGAUGCAGAGGGAGCCGCUGCGAGGGUUUCGUAGCAUAGACGCACAGUUGAACACAAGACCAUCACGUAUUGUAAGGUUUGUAACACGCACUGCAA